GGACAUGUGCACGGAUUUUGCAAUUUGGGAUGCAAAGUUAUUGCAAUGAUUAAGCAUUUUGCACGAAGAUGGAACCAAUAUAAAUACAGAUUUGUACCGUGGCUAGCUUCAAAUAUAAACGAAAGUUCACCAAGAAUAGUACCAUCAUCUAAGGAAGACAAAAUCAUAUCAGAUGAAGAUGUUGAGGAUUGUUUACUGUUACUAUUCACUGCCUUUCACAAAAAUAGAAAAGAGAAGGAAUCAUUGGAGUCCAGAUAUAGUGAAUGCAGCAAGCUAAUGCAUGAUGUGUGCGGGUUUUCUAUUGAGAGGCAGAAAAGUUUGCUUGAGAAUGGAGGUAGAGGAGUCUUUGUGGCAAGUGGACAAGUACAAUGUGGAAGCGUUGUAGCUAUGUAUCCAGGUGUGGUAUAUCAGCCAUGGGAGCCUGUAUUCUGGGUUAGCCUUGCGAAUUCAUUCUUAUUUAGAUGUGCUGAUGGGGUACAUAUUGAUGGUAAAGAUACUGGUCUUUCAAAGAUGAUGUACAAUUCCUGCUCAAAGAGAGACAGUGUCUAUGGAAAGUUGAUGUGUGAUACAAGAUGGCUUACUGAGACACCAGUCAACCCUUUAGCUGUGGGACAAUAUGUCAAUAACCAGUCUAAUAAAUAUGCAGCAAAUGUAGCAUAUCAAGAAUUUGAUAUACCAGCUAGUUUCCCUAUGGAGUUAAGACAGUAUAUUCCAAAUACAGAAGCAAGGUUACAUCAAGAUAUGGAGCAAACAUUCUACAAUAGGUUAUUGAGAGUUGUUGUGCUUGUGUCUCUGCGAGAUAUAUAUGAAGGUGAAGAGAUCUUUUCAACAUAUUACACAAUAGUACAAAAAGACAAGACAGCAUAAUGAGUGAUAGUGAGGACUCACAGGAACAGAUCCCAAUUCUAAAUUCCCUCUACCGAUCCAAGAUCUUUAUGGAGAGAGGGGUUAUACUUACAAACUGCGGAUUGUAAUCCUGGGUGAAUAUGUGUCUAUCCUGUUUAGAUCUACUUUCAUUUCGUAGUGCCUAUAUGAAGAGUUAAAAACAUGAUAUUCUCCAAGUACGUGAGAGUCUAAAAAAUAUUUUUUGAUGUCUUUAUACAAGGAACUUUUCUUUUAUUUGAACAGAUUUUUUGUUUAACAUAUCUUGCGGAUGAUGAGAGACA